UAUGGCAGCCCCUGUGCUUCCCGCGGGCGAGGCGACCUGGAAGACCCUGUCUGCAGAGGAGCUGGAGAAGCAGUACUCCCCCAGCAGGUGGGUCGUCCGGAUGAAAGCAGAGGAUGUUGUCAACACCUUCGUGGAGACGGGAAUCCAGGCCACCAGGAAAGCCCAGGCCACUAGGAGAAAUCAGCUGGAUGUCCCCUAUGGCGAUGGCGAGGGGGAGAAAAUGGACAUCUACUUUCCCGAUGAGGAUUCCAAGGCUUUCCCCCUCUUCCUGUUCUUUCAUGGAGGAUACUGGCAGAGCGGAAGUAAGGAUGUCUCGGCCUUCAUGGUGAACCCGCUGACAGCCCAAGGGGUGGUCGUGGCUGUAGUGGCUUACGACAUUGCACCCAAAGGCACACUGGACCGGAUGGUGGACCAGGUGACCCGCAGCGUUGUGUUUCUGCAGAGGCGGUAUCCGAGCAACGAGGGAAUCUACAUCUGUGGACACUCUGCAGGAGCUCACCUAGCCGCCAUGGUGCUCCUUGCCAGCUGGACGAAGCAUGGUGUCAUGCCCAACCUACAAGGCUUUCUCCUGGUGAGCGGGAUCUAUGACCUGGAGCCUAUCAUAGCCACCUCCCAGAAUGCCCCUCUGCUCAUGACCCUGGAAGAUGCUCAGAGAAACAGCCCACUUCGGUACUUGGAGGUAGCUCCAGCGAGGCCUGUGGGUCCAGCCUGUCCUGUGCUGGUGGUUGUGGGUCAGCAUGAGUCCCCAGAAUUCCACCGACAGUCCAGGGAGUUCUAUGAGACGCUGUGCCGAGUGGGGUGGAAGGCCUCUUUCCAGCAGCUGCGUGGUGUGGAUCACUUUGACAUCAUAGAGAACCUGACCCGGGAGGAUGAUGAACUCACCCAGAUCAUUUUGAAAACAGUCUUCCCAACGCUCUGAGGACACCUGGUCUCCAGCCUGUGUGCACCUCAGAAAACCUCCAGAAAAGAGCUGACUGCCACCUAACACCCUGCUGUGAACGCACCUCUGCUUCGUUCUCCCCCACCUGGAUGGAGCUCCAGGAAGGCCUGCAGAUUGGCACUGGGACAUGCAUACAGCCACCAUCUGGCCAAGUCUGCCCCGCUGCUGCUGACAGGGCACGACAGUCCGCUUCUGGCUUGCUCGCUAUGCAUUUUGCGGUAUCAGUGUGAACUGGCUGGGGCUGGGGCUGUCACUCCGCCCCUAUCUCCCACUACAAAAGAGGGCGGGGUCUGGAGAAGGAAUGAAGAGAGACCAACCAACCACUGGGUCCCGCAGCUCAAUGGUAGAAUGCUUGACCAGCAUGCGUAGGAUCCUGGGUUCAAUCCCUGGUAUUAACAAGGAAAAAAUAAAGGAGGGGUGGGGAGGGAGACAGAGAGAUAAAGAGUCAUACCCAGAGUGGUCAUGUUCACCUGAAUCCCAACACAGAGGCAGGAGGAUUGCACGUGAGUUCAAGGUCAGCCUGGGCUACUAGGAAGACCCUGUCUGAGAAAGAAAAAGGGCUGCUGAGAUGGCCUAGCAGGGGAGAGUGUUGGCACCGCACUGACAGCCUGUGUUUGGCCCUGGGGACCCAUACGGAAGGAAACAUCGCCUCCAGAUUACCCUUUGACUGUCAUAUGUGUGUUCCUCAGCUACACACCUACACAUCCAUGAAGAUGACAGUAAUAAGAAGCCCGUGCUUGUGCCUGCUGUACAGACGAACACAAGGAUUUACUUAGACCCGCAGUGAUCCCAGAGAGGCCACGCAGGAAGACCCAUGAGCCACAGGCUCUGCCAGACCUGACUCCUGCAGCCUACCCUGUAGCCACUGGAACUUCUGAUGUGGGCGUUUCUGCUUCGUUUUCAAAGCUUCCCCAAACCGGGCAUGGUGGGGCAUGCCAGGAGCCGCAGCGGCAAGAGGGCCUUUGGACACACAUCUAAUUUAGACUCUGGUUCUCUCUGUCUAGUUCGCUUUUACGUUGUGGAGAUAAACACCGUGACCAAAAGCGACUCGCGCAGGGUUUGUUUCUCCUUACACUUUACAGCGCCUAGGAAUGACACCGCCCACCGUGCUCUGGACCCAAAUUAGCAUUUAAGACAGAAUCCCACAGACGAGCAACAGGGUGCUCUGAUGGGGGCAAUUCCUCCACCGAGUUUCCCUACCCAGACGUGUGUCUAGACCUGCGUGGAGUUGACUGCCGACGCUAGCUAUGGCAUCUCAUAUCCUCACAGCUGGAAGAAACAAACCCGCAUUCUGUGCUAUCCCUUCUCACCCUUCUCUGCCACACUAGAGGCCAUGCAGAGUGGAGAAUCUGCACGCUCUUUCUCUCAAAAUCAUUGCUUUGUGUGAGCCAGUUCCCUUCUGGGCGGACAAGCUAAGCCCCGGUUGCCUUCUAUCACCCACUGGGGACCGUGCUACUAGCUGCCCCCGCUGUUUACUUUCAGUUCUGUCUGCUCUUGUUCAGGCAUCAUUGUAUCAUGUGACUGUUCCUGAGACCAUAUGGACAGAUGUCUCCUCACCCCAGAAAGGGCACCACCACCAGCAGACCAAAGAUGACCCCACCAAGUCUAGUGACACAGUGAGUUUCCUGGGUCACCGACAGGAGUGUGGUUGACUCUCGGGCAGCUGUGUCCCUGAAACACCGCUGCAGCAUGGGUAGCAACUCACCGAGCUUCAUUCCUGGGGCUACUGCACGUGGCUGAGUCUGAUCUCGGUUUAUUUACUGCUUUAAUAAGCUUGGAACCAGGCCUUGCAGCUCCUGUUUGGUUCUUUUGAGCCAAGCCUUGUGGGGUCCAUGAAUCUUUCCUACUUCCACAGAAAUCUUAAAUCCAAACAUGGACGUGCAUGCCUGUAAUCCCACCACUGGGGAGACUGAGGCAUAAGGAGCACAGCCAGUUUGAAGUCAGUCCAGGCUACAUAGUGACCUGCUUGGCAGGGGUGCUGGGAACAGAACUCAUCCCCUGAAAGAGUAGGAAGCACUUCUUUUUUUUAUUGAUUUUUAUUGAGCUCUAUAUUUUUCUCUGCUCUCCUCCCUGCCUCUCCCCUUCCCCCCUUCAAUCCUCCCCCAAGGUCCCCAUGCUCCCAAUUUACUCAGGAUCUUGUCUUUUUCUACUUUCUACUUCCCAUGUAGAUUAGAUCUAUGUAAGUCUCUCUUAGUGUCCUCAUUGUCUAGGUUCUCUGGGAUUGUGGUUUGUAGCCUGGUUUUCUUUGCUUUAUGUUUAAAAACCACCUAUGAGUGAGUACAUGUGAUAACUGUCUAUCUGUGUCUGGGUUACCUCACUCAAAAUAAUGUU